GAGCUAGGGAGACGUAUUGAGCGUGGAGAGGUUGGAGGCAACGCGGGAAGGGAACGUGGUCUGUGCACCCCGUCUUCGACCUGGAGGCUCACACAUGACCAUCCCUCCUCCACCAUCUUCUACUCAACUUAUGCGCCCUGCGCUUCUGCUCUUCCGCGGUCGGCUUCCAAUGUCAACCCGGGGGUGCGUGUCGCAAUCAUGGCGCAAGCAGGCCCUAUGACCGAUGUGACCCAACGACUUUUCGUGGAGUUGAAGUCCAAGAACGACGAGACCCGUGCCAGAGCUGCCUACGAGCUCUAUGACAAUGUCUUAUCAGUCUCACGAGACUGCCCCGCUGAGAAAUUCGUCGAGUUUUACAACGCCGUUAGCCAGCGGAUCGCCCAGUUGGUGGUGACUGGCAGUGAUGCAAAUGAAAGAAUUGGCGGUCUAUUAGCGCUUGAUCAUCUGAUCGAUUUCGAUGGCGUCGAUGCCGCCCAGAAGACCACGCGGUUCGCAAGCUACCUAAGAAGCGCACUUCGAAGCAACGACAAUGCGGUGCUGGUUUACGCUGCCCGAUCACUCGGCCGCCUUGCGAAGCCCGGCGGGGCACUUACUGCGGAACUUGUGGAAAGUGAAAUCCAGUCAGCUCUGGAAUGGCUACAAUCUGAACGUCAAGAAAGCAGGCGUUUUGCGGCAGUGCUUGUUAUCAGGGAGCUUGCAAAAGGCUCGCCCACGCUACUCUAUGGCUUCGUACCACAGAUCUUCGAGCUCGUUUGGGUGGCACUUCGAGACCCAAAAGUCCUCAUCCGAGAGACUGCUGCGGAAGCCGUGGGCGAAUGUUUCGAUAUCAUCGUGGCUCGAGACGCUCAAGUCCGUCAGUCGUGGUUCCAACGUAUUCACGAGGAGGCACAGAUGGGACUUAAGUCCAAUAACAUUGAUUGGAUUCAUGGUUCCCUCUUGAUUCUCAAGGAACUGAUUUUGAAGGGUACCAUGUUCAUGAAUGAACACUACCGCGGCGCGUGCGAGAUCGUUCUACGCCUCAAAGACCAUCGUGACCCCAAAAUCCGCACUCAAGUCGUCCUCACCAUCCCUAUCCUCGCAUCCUACGCUCCUACCGACUUUAUUGAAACUUACUUGCACCGAUUCAUGAUCUAUCUCCAGGCACAACUCAAGAGAAAAGAAGAAAGGAACUCUGCCUUCGUCGCAAUUGGAAAGAUAGCAAAUGCAGUGGGGCCUGCCAUCGCACAAUACCUCGACGGCAUCAUCGUCUACAUCCGUGAGGGGCUCGCAGUGAAAGCCAGGAACCGCGCGGGUGUCAACGAGGCACCUAUGUUUGAGUGUAUCAGCAUGCUUUCGCUGGCGGUGGGGCAAGCCCUCAGCAAGUACAUGGAGGCUCUUCUUGACCCUAUAUUUGCCUGCGGUCUUAGCAAAUCUUUAACCCAGGCAUUGGUGGACAUGGCUCAUUACAUUCCUCCCAUCAAAUCGACAAUCCAAGAGAAGCUUCUCGAUAUGCUGAGCAUCAUUCUUUGUGGAACACCAUUCCGGCCUCUCGGUUGCCCCGAAAACCGUCUCCCUCCUAUGCCAUCAUUCGCCAAAGAUUUUGCACCUCAAGAGCUUCAUUCCGAUGCCGAAAUCGCAUUGGCUCUUCACACGCUGGGAAGCUUUGAUUUCUCCGGGCACAUUCUAAAUGAGUUUGUGCGCGAUGUGGCGAUCAAUUACGUGGAGAAUGAUAACCCGGAGAUCCGAAAGGCUUCGGCUCUUACAUGUUGUCAACUCUUCGUCCACGAUCCGAUCAUCAAUCAAACUAGUGGACACUCGAUACAGGUCGUCAGUGAAGUUAUUGACAAGCUAUUGACUGUUGGUAUUGGUGAUCCUGACCCAGAGAUCCGCCGCACUGUUCUUUGGUCAUUGGAUCGCAAAUUUGACCGGCAUCUGGCACGACCAGAGAACAUUCGGUGCUUGUUCCUCGCUGUCAACGAUGAGGUGUUCGAGGUCAAGGAGGCUGCCAUCUGCAUCAUUGGCCGUCUCUCUAGCGUCAACCCUGCUUAUGUCUUCCCGCCGUUGCGGAAGCUGCUGGUCAACCUUUUGACCGGUCUCGGAUUUGCCAAUACAGCCCGCCAAAAGGAAGAAACCGCGCAGCUCAUCAGCUUGUUUGUUUCGAAUGCUACAAAGCUCAUCAGAUCAUAUGUGGAUCCCAUGGUCACAGCUCUGCUACCAAAAGCGACUGAUACGAACCCAGGUGUUGCUGCUGUUACUUUGAAGGCGCCAUAUCUCGAGUACCCCCAUCUCCUUGAUGUCUUAAUCAACAUUAUCAAGACGGAGCAAACAGGUUCUCUACGAAAGGAGACCAUUAAACUCGUUGGUGUCCUUGGUGCUCUGGACCCCUACAAAUACCAGCAGAUCAGUGAUACCGAGCCCGACGUGCACCACAUCAAUGAGAUCCAGAACGUCUCGGAUGUUGCCCUAAUUAUGCAGGGUUUGACCCCGUCAAAUGAAGAGUAUUAUCCUACGGUGGUUAUUCACACUCUGCUUCAAAACAUCUUGAAGGAGAACUCCUUGGUUCAGUACCACUCCGCUGUGAUUGAUGCCAUCGUGACCAUAUUUAAAACCUUGGGCUUGAAGUGCGUGCCAUUCCUAGGGCAGAUUGUUCCGGCAUUCAUUUCGGUGAUCAGAAGCUCUCCUGCAAGCCGUCUUGAGUCUUAUUUCAACCAGAUGGCUAUUUUGGUCAACAUUGUGCGGCAGCACAUUCGUGCGUUCUUGCCAGAGAUUAUUGACGUAAUUCGCGAGUUUUGGGAUGCUACAUACCAAGUUCAGGGCACGAUAUUGUCGCUCGUUGAGGCCAUUGCUAGGUCAUUGGAAGGAGAAUUUAGGAAGUACCUUGCCCGUCUGAUACCUCUGAUGCUCGACACUCUCGAAAAGGACACCACGCCGCGUCGUCAGCCUUCUGAGAAGGUUCUCCACGCUUUCUUGAUCUUUGGAUCGAGCGGCGAGGAAUACAUGCAUCUGAUCAUUCCUUCGAUUGUGCGUCUUUUCGAUCGUCAGCAACAUCCGCAAAGCAUCCGCAAGUCAGCCAUCGACAGUUUGACGAAGCUGUCGCGACAGGUCAAUGUUUCAGACUUUGCAUCGCUUAUGGUCCAUGCUCUCUCACGAGUUGUGGUCAGCGGUGACCGCGUAUUGCGUCAGGCUGCUCUUGAUUGCAUCUGCGCCCUGAUUUUCCAGCUCGGCCAGGACUUUACUCAUUACAUUCAUCUUCUGAACAAAGUUCUCAAGCAGCAUCAGAUCACUCACACCAACUACCAGAUCUUGGUGACGAAGCUUCAAAAGGGAGACCCGCUCCCGCAAGAUCUGAACCCGGAAGAAAAUUACGCCUUUCCUACCGAUGAUACAAGCUUUGCAGAAAUCGGUCAAAAGAAGAUUGUUGUGAACCAGCAACAUCUCAAGAACGCGUGGGAUGCUUCGCAGAAGUCCACCCGGGAAGAUUGGCAGGAGUGGAUUCGUCGAUUUAGCGUUGAGCUUCUAAAAGAGUCGCCGUCACCAGCCUUGCGGGCCUGUGCCAGUUUAGCGGGAAUUUACCAGCCUUUGGCCCGUGAUCUCUUUAACGCUGCCUUUGUGUCGUGCUGGACAGAACUCUAUGAUCAGUAUCAGGAGGAGUUGGUCCGUUCGAUCGAGAAAGCACUCACUUCAACAAAUAUCUCCCCUGAGAUCUUGCAAAUACUCCUCAAUCUUGCCGAGUUCAUGGAGCAUGAUGACAAAGCUCUGCCGAUUGAUAUUCGUACACUUGGCAAGUAUGCAGCCAAAUGUCAUGCUUUUGCCAAGGCUCUUCACUACAAGGAGCUUGAGUUUGAACAGGAUCAGAACUCUGGUGCGGUAGAAGCCCUGAUUACCAUCAAUAAUCAGCUCCAGCAAUCCGACGCCGCUAUCGGUAUCCUGCGCAAAGCACAGGCUUAUCGUGACGUGGAGCUGAAAGAGACUUGGUUUGAGAAGCUCCAGCGAUGGGACGAGGCUCUUGCCGCUUACAAGAGACGUGAGAGGACCGAUCCAGAUUCUUUUGGCAUCACAAUGGGUAAGAUGCGUUGUUUGCACGCCCUGGGUGAGUGGAAGGUUCUUUCGGACCUUGCACAAGAAAAGUGGAAUCAAGCGUCGCUGGAGCACCGUAGGGCUAUUGCCCCUCUUGCUGCUGCUGCAGCCUGGGGUCGCGGCCAGUGGGAACUCAUGGACUCUUAUCUUGGUGUUAUGAAAGAGCAGUCUCCUGACCGUUCUUUCUUUGGCGCUAUUCUCGCCAUUCACCGCAAUCAAUUCGAAGAGGCCAACAUGUACAUUGAAAAGGCACGCAAUGGGCUCGACACCGAGCUCUCCGCUCUUCUUGGAGAAUCUUACAACCGGGCCUACAAUGUUGUCGUUCGUGUCCAGAUGCUUGCAGAGCUGGAAGAAAUCAUCACCUACAAACAGAACGUAGGUGAUGCUGAGAAGCAAGAAGCGAUGCGAUUAACCUGGAACCAACGAUUGCUCGGAUGUCAGCAGAAUGUAGAGGUGUGGCAGCGUAUGCUCAAGGUCCGGGCACUCGUGACUGCUCCCCGUGAGAAUCUUGAGAUGUCUAUCAAAUUCGCCAACCUUUGCCGCAAAUCCAAUCGUAUGGGUCUUGCCGAGCGGUCUCUUGCGUCACUUGAGACUAUCAUCACCGAUGUCAAUGGUACACACACGAUUUCUCACCCUGAGGUUACCUACGCCCGAUUGAAGUUCAGCUGGGCGAGCGGACACCAACUUGAGGCUCUCGAAAUGCUGAAGGAUUUCACCUCUGGUUUGACUGAUGAUCUCUCCAAAUACAACACCCUCAUGGUGUCGCACAACGAACAUCACGGGGUGAAUGGCGUGAACGGAGUCUCUGAUCCCAGCCAUCCCGAGGCCAUUAGUCUGCGUGAACGUAUAGGAGAUGUUGCAAAAUUCCGAAAGCUUCUGUCCAAGAGUUACCUCCGACAAGCUGAAUGGCAGACGUCUCUCCAGAGAGGUGACUGGAGACCUGAGUAUGUCCGUGAGGUUCUCAGCGCAUAUUCCGCGGCCACUCAGUAUAACCGUGACUCCUACAAAGCUUGGCACGCUUGGGCUCUUGCGAACUUCGAAGUUGUCACAACGAUCUCCAACCAGGCAAGUCGUGAUGGCAAGCCCGCACCAGUACCGCCCCAUAUCGUGACAGAGCACGUGAUCCCUGCCAUUCGGGGCUUCCUGCGGUCGAUUGCUUUGUCCUCUACCUCCUCAUUGCAAGACACUUUGAGAUUGUUGACCUUAUGGUUCGCCCACGGUGGCGAUCAUGAAGUGAACAACGUUGUCACCGAAGGAUUCACCACAGUCAACGUCGACACAUGGCUUGCUGUAACUCCUCAGCUUAUUGCUCGAAUCAAUCAGCCCAACAUCAGGUCCGCUACCAAUAUUAUGGAAAGCAUGCGGCAGCACAGUGCUAAGCUCGUGGAACAGGCGGAUCUCGUCAGUCACGAACUGAUUCGUGUUGCUGUCCUGUGGCACGAGCUUUGGCAUGAAGGCUUAGAGGAGGCCUCUCGCCUGUACUUCGGUGACCAUAAUGUGGAGGGCAUGUUUGCCACUCUUGCUCCUCUUCACGACAUGCUUGACAAAGGAGCCGAAACACUCCGUGAAGUAUCUUUUGCACAAGCUUUUGGUCGCGACCUCGCCGAAGCGAAGCACUACUGCAUGCUUUAUCGCCAGACGGAGGAGAUCGGCGACCUCAAUCAAGCCUGGGAUCUCUAUUACACGGUGUUCCGUAAAAUCAACCGUCAACUUCCGCAAUUGUCCAUUCUCGAUCUAAAAUAUGUGUCGCCUCGCCUCAAAGAAUGCAAUGGUCUUGACUUGGCAGUACUGGGGACUUAUCAAAGCGGUCGUCCUGUUAUUCGCAUUAUCAGCUUUGAUCCGAUUUUGCAUGUCCUGCAAACUAAAAAGAGACCGCGACGUAUGUGCUUGAAGGGUGAUUCAGGUCAUAAUUACCAGUACGCUCUCAAGGGCCACGAAGAUAUCCGUCAAGAUGAGCGAGUUAUGCAACUUUUCGGGCUAUGCAACACGCUUCUUGACAACGACAGCGAGAGCUUCAAGCGCCACCUCUCUGUCCAGCGGUUCCCUGCAAUCCCACUCUCCCAAAGCUCCGGUCUGCUCGGAUGGGUCUGCAACUCCGAUACUCUUCAUGCGCUGAUCAAGGAGUACCGUGAAAGUCGCCGGAUCCUGCUCAACAUUGAGCACCGAAUCAUGUUGCAGAUGGCACCCGACUACGACAGCCUCACUCUCAUGCAGAAAGUCGAGGUCUUUGGAUAUGCCAUGGACAAUACCACGGGCAAAGAUCUGUACCGGGUGCUAUGGCUGAAGAGUAAGAGCUCCGAGGCCUGGCUUGAGCGACGCACCAACUAUACGCGAUCCCUCGGUGUCAUGUCUAUGGUUGGUUACAUUCUUGGUCUGGGCGAUCGUCACCCCUCCAACUUGUUGCUCGAUCGUACCACGGGUCGUGUUGUUCACAUUGAUUUCGGUGACUGUUUCGAGGUGGCUAUGCACCGAGAGAAGUACCCCGAACGUGUACCAUUCCGUCUCACACGCAUGUUGACCUUUGCAAUGGAAGUGAGCAACAUUGAAGGAAGCUACCGGAUUACUUGCGAGGCUGUGAUGCGUGUCCUGCGAGAGAACAACGAUUCCCUCAUGGCGGUGUUGGAAGCCUUCAUUCACGACCCUCUGAUCAACUGGCGUCUGGGAGCACAGGAAUCCCCAGACCGAGUAUCACUUACAGCGGAGCGUCGCCAGUCCAUCAUUGAAGGCAUUAACUUCGAGCACGGUGUACAGCCAAGCAAUUUCUCUCGUCGCCGACCUUCCAUUCUCGAAGGUGGCAUCCUCGACACACCAGAAGGCGUCCCUGCCGAAGCCCGCGAAGCACAGAACGCUCGUGCUCUCCAGGUGCUCGCCCGAGUUAAGGAGAAGCUGACGGGACGAGACUUCAAACACUACGAGGAGCUCAACGUGAGCGAUCAAGUCGACAAGCUCCUUGCCCAGGCCACGAACGUGGAGAACAUCUGCCAGCACUGGAUCGGUUGGUGCAGUUUCUGGUAA